UUCCUAUAUAUUUAAUAAGCAUCAUAUACAUUUUAUGAGUCAGAAACUCAUAUGUGAUCUAACUGAAGACAACCGUCACGAUUUUUGUCUGGUGUUUAAAUAAUUUAAGAACACGUCAUCAUCAUCAUCAUACUGUUAAUAGUGUAGCCGGCUCAACGUCGACAGUUGUCUCUAGUAUUCCUCACCGAUCAGUGAACUUAAACGCUUUCGAAAAGACUAAACUAGACCACACCCAAAUUUGAAUCCAGAAUGGCUGCCAGCAAAUAUUAUCAUGUUCAGUGUACACCAACUGUAUACCCAGCUGAUCCUUUCGAUCCAGAAGCUGACGCCACUCUUCUUCGAACUGCCAUGAAAGGUUUUGGCACAGAUGAACAAACUAUUAUUGAUGUUCUUGCGCAUCGUGGAAUUGUCCAACGAUUAGAAAUUGCUGAUAAAUUUAAAAGCAUGUUUGGCAAAGACUUAUUAUCAGAACUUAAAUCUGAACUUGGAGGAAACUUUGAAAAUGCCAUUGUUGCAUUAAUGACACCACUUCCUGAAUAUUAUGCAAAACAAUUACAUGAUGCUAUCUCAGGAAUGGGAACAGAUGAAGGUGCCAUCAUCGAAGUCUUGGCAUCUCUGAGUAAUUAUGGAAUCAAGACAAUAUCAGCCGUCUAUAAAGAUCUUUAUGACAGUGAGUUGGAAGAUGAUCUCAAAGGUGACACAUCUGGUCAUUUCAAACGACUUCUUGUAUCAUUAUCUUGCGCUGCUAGAAAUGAAGAUACCGAUAUUGAUGAAGCGGCUAUCGUUGAAGAUGCAGAACGUCUCUAUCAAGCUGGAGAAGGACAGUGGGGAACUGACGAAAGCACAUUCAAUGCUAUUUUAAUUACUAAGAGCUAUCCUCAAUUGAGAAGAAUUUUCCAUGAGUAUGAAAGAAUUGCAGGACAUAGUAUUGAAGAUGCCAUUAAAAGAGAAUUUUCCGGGUCAUUGGAAGAUGGAUACCUUGCAGUUGUCAAGUGUGCACGAGAUAAAACCGCAUAUUUUGCAGAAAGACUCCAUAAAGCUAUUUCAGGAAUGGGAACUGAUGAUACAACAUUAAUUAGAAUUAUUGUUACUCGAUCUGAAAUAGAUUUGGGAGACAUUAAAGACGCUUAUCAACAAAUUUAUGGAAAAUCUCUAGCUGGAGAUAUUGACGAUGAUUGUGCUGCUGCAUCUAAAAAAUUACUCAUUGCUCUUCUUAAUUAAAGUUGAUUAUUGAUAAUAAUAAUAAUAAUAUUUAAAUAUGAUAUUUUAAAACCAACUUAAACGAAAAAAAAGAAGCAUUCCAAUACAUAAAAUAAAAUAAUUUGUUGAAAUUAUAAAUAUUAUAGGUAAAAAACGAUAUU